AUGCCGUCGGCCAUGUCAAAUACUUUGGCAGGUCGAGCCCCGGCCGUACUCCGACAUGGUCGACGAGUCCCGACAGCUCUGGCUGGCCGCAAUUUCACCCUCGCGGCUGUCAAUGCCUCGGCCAGAGUCCAAUUCCAGAACAGCAGCGCGAAGUUGCUCCAGAAGCGUCUUUUCAGCGCCAGCGCGCUUCGUCCUGGCAGCGCUCAGCAGUCUGCGCCGAACCCCAAGGCUUAUCUUGAGAGCGGCGUGAUCAAGCCCCAUGUUGGUGUUGAUGUUAAGAAGGUUCUGGUCAUCGGCAGCGGUGGUCUUGCCAUUGGCCAGGCUGGCGAGUUCGAUUACUCAGGAUCACAAGCUCUGAAGGCCCUCAAGGAGGCUGGUGUCGCUUCGGUCCUUAUCAACCCCAAUAUCGCUACUAUUCAGACCAACCACUCUCUCGCCGACGAGGUCUACUACCUCCCCGUCACGCCAGAAUACGUGUCGUACGUUAUCGAGAAGGAGAAGCCCGAUGGAAUUUUCCUCUCCUUUGGUGGCCAGACCGCCCUGAACCUUGGUGUUCAGAUGCAGCGCCUGGGUCUUUUUGAGAAGUACGGCGUCAAGGUCCUUGGAACGAGUGUCAGGACUCUUGAGGUCUCUGAGGACCGUGAUCUGUUCGCUCGUGCCUUGGAUGAGAUUAACAUCCCCAUCGCCAAGUCAAUCGCUGUUGGAACCGUUGAUGAGGCUCUCGAGGCGGCCGAGAAAGUCGGAUAUCCCAUCAUUGUCCGUGCCGCUUACGCCCUUGGUGGUUUGGGCUCUGGCUUCGCCAACAACGAAGAGGAACUUCGCAACAUGGCCGCUAGGUCUCUGACCCUUUCUCCCCAGAUCUUGGUUGAGAAGUCCCUGAAGGGUUGGAAGGAGCUCGAGUACGAGGUUGUUCGUGACGCAAACAACAACUGCAUCACUGUUUGCAACAUGGAGAACUUCGAUCCUUUGGGUAUCCACACCGGAGACAGUAUCGUCGUUGCUCCCAGUCAGACCCUGAGCGAUGAGGAGUACCACAUGCUCCGAUCAGCAGCCAUCAAGAUUGUCCGCCACCUUGGUGUCGUGGGAGAGUGCAACGUUCAGUAUGCUCUGCAACCCGAUGGUCUGGACUACCGUGUCAUUGAGGUCAACGCACGUCUCUCUCGUUCUUCCGCUCUUGCCUCCAAGGCGACCGGAUAUCCUCUUGCUUACACCGCCGCCAAGAUUGGUCUCGGCCACAGCCUUCCUGAGCUGCCCAACGCCGUCACCAAGACCACUACUGCGAACUUCGAGCCCUCCCUUGACUACAUCGUCACCAAGAUUCCCCGCUGGGAUCUUUCCAAGUUCCAGCACGUCAAGCGUGACAUUGGCAGUGCCAUGAAGUCUGUUGGUGAGGUCAUGGCAAUUGGACGAACUUUUGAGGAGUCCUUCCAGAAGGCCAUUCGCCAGGUUGACCCGAAGUUUGUUGGUUUCCAGGGCGAUAAGUUCGAGGACUUGGACUUCGAGCUUCAAAACCCUACUGAUCGCCGCUGGCUUGCUGUUGGUCAGGCAAUGCUCCACGAGAACUACUCCGUGGAGAAGGUACACGAACUGACCAAGAUUGACAAGUGGUUCCUGUACAAGUUGCAGAACCUUGUUGACUGCACCCGUGAGCUUGAGCAGGCUGGUGGCCUUGAGGGUCUCAAGAAGGACCUUGUUCUGAAGGCCAAGAAGCUUGGUUUCUCCGACCGUCAGAUCGCUUUGUCUGUUGGCAGUACUGAGGACAAGGUUCGCGAAGUUCGUCUUAGCUUCGGCAUCCGCCCGUGGGUUAAGAAGAUUGAUACCCUUGCGGCUGAGUUCCCCGCUGAUACUAACUACCUGUACACGACUUACAAUGCCUCUUCCCACGAUGUCACUUUCAACGAUAACGGAAUCAUUGUUUUGGGAAGCGGUGUGUACCGCAUUGGCAGCUCUGUUGAGUUCGAUUGGUGCGCUGUCGGUGCUACUCAGGCUCUCCGCAAGAUGGGCAAGAAGACUGUUGUUAUUAAUCUAACUCACCCCUUGACAAACCCGGAAACCUACAGCACUGAUUUCGACAUGGCCGACAAACUCUACUUCGACGAGCUCAGUUACGAGCGUGUGAUGGACAUUUAUGAGCUUGAGAGUGCCUCGGGUGCUGUGGUGUCUGUUGGUGGCCAGCUACCGCAAAACAUCGCCCUUCGCCUGCAGGAGACGGGUGGCGCCAAGGUUUUGGGAACUGACCCUAAGGACAUUGACAAGGCAGAGGACAGACAGAAGUUCUCUGAGAUCCUCGACAGCAUCGGCGUUGAUCAGCCUGCUUGGAAGGAGCUUACGUCUGUCAAGGAAGCUGAGGCUUUCGCUGACCAGGUUGGCUAUCCAGUUCUCGUCCGCCCUAGUUACGUUCUGUCUGGUGCUGCGAUGACUGUCAUCCACAGCCAGGAGGAUCUGAAGGAGAAGCUCGAGGCUGCUUCUAGCGUCUCUCCCGACCAUCCCGUGGUUAUCACUAAGUUCAUCGAGGGCGCCCAGGAGAUUGAUGUCGACGGUGUUGCUUCUGAGGGCAAGCUGAUCAUCCAUGCUGUCAGUGAGCACGUUGAACAAGCCGGCGUUCACUCCGGUGAUGCCACCCUUGUUCUGCCUCCUGCCAACCUUGAUCAGAACACUAUGGACCGUGUCAAGGAGAUCGCUCAAAAGGUCGCUAAGGCCUGGCGCAUCACUGGUCCGUUCAACAUGCAGAUCAUCAAAGCCGACAACCCUGAGGGUGGUGAGCCUGCGUUGAAGGUCAUCGAGUGCAACCUCCGUGCUUCUCGUUCUUUCCCCUUCGUCAGCAAGGUCCUCGGCACUAACUUCAUCGACGUCGCUACUAAGGCUCUUGUUGGCCAGGAGGUCCCUGAACCCCAGGACCUGAUGGCCGUCAAGCGCGACUACGUUGCCACGAAGGUUCCCCAGUUCUCUUGGACCCGUCUUGCAGGUGCCGACCCCUUCCUUGGCGUCGAGAUGGCCUCCACCGGUGAGAUUGCCUGCUUCGGCAAGGACCUUGUCGAGGCCUACUGGACUUCCCUGCAAUCCACGAUGAACUUCCGCAUGCCCGAGCCUGGUGAGGGUCUGCUUUUCGGCGGUGAGCUGAACAAAGAAUGGCUCAUCACCGUUGUCAACUACCUUCAACCUCUUGGCUACAAGUUGUACGCUGCCGACAACGAAGUUAAGCAGUUUAUCGAGUCUAACGCUAAGGGCAACGUCGCCGUUGAGGUCAUUGAGUUCCCCAAGGAGGACAAGCGUGCUCUGCGCGAAGUCUUCCAAAAGUACGACAUUCGUGGUGUGUUUAACUUGGCCCAGGCCCGUGGUAAGACCAUCAUGGAUGUGGACUACGUCAUGCGCCGCAACGCUGUCGAUUUUGGCGUUCCUCUGUUCAUGGAGCCCAAGACUGCCAUGCUCUUCGCUCAGUGCAUGAGUGAGAAGCUGCCCCGUAAGGAGGGCAUCCCCUCUGAAGUCCGCCGCUGGUCUGACUUCCUUGGCGGCAAGCCGUUGUAA